AUGGCCAAGGCAGCCGCUUCUUCGCAGCUGGAGGAGUUGGACCUGAGUGGGGAGGAGGUCCAGCGGCUCACGUCCGCCUUCCAGGACCCGGAGUUCCGGCGUAUGUUCUCCGAGUACGCCGAGGAACUCACCGACCCAGAGAACCGGCGGCGAUACGAGGCGGAGAUCACCGCGCUGGAGCGUGAGCGCGGAGUGGAGGUGCGGUUCGUGCACCCGGAGCCGGGCCACGUGCUGCGCACCAGCCUGGACGGGACGCGGCGCUGCUUCGUGAACGUGUGCAGCAACGCGCUGGUGGGCGCGCCCAGCAGCCGGCCCGGCCCCGGGGGCGCGGCGUCCGGCAGCCAGUGGGCUCUGCCCUACAGCCUGGCGCCCGGCCGCGAGUACGCUGGCGGCCGCGGCACCCGCUACACAGUCUACGAUGUGGUCUUCCACCCAGAGGCGCUCGCGUGGGCCAGGCGCCACGAGCGCUUCCGCCAGAUGCUGGACGCCACGGCCCUAGAGGCCGUCGAAAAGCAGUUCGGCGUGAAGUUGGACCUCAGGAAUGCUAAAACCCUGAGGACUAAGUACAAGGGGACCCCGGAGGCCGCCGUGCUGCGCACGCCUCUGCCCGGGGGCCCCCCGGCCCAGUCCGAAGGGGAGACGGAGAGCCCUCUCCCCGACUUCCCCUACCCCUACCGGAGCCCGGCGGCUGCCGGCAGCGAGGCGGCGCCCGGGCCCCCGGCUCCCUCCCUUCCGGAGGCGGUCCUCCAGCCCGCCCCCACCGAGCCUCGGUACAGUGUGGUGCAGCGCCACCACGUGGACCUCCAGGAUUACCGCUGCUCCCGGGACUCGGUCCCCAGCCCCGUGCCGCGGGAGCUGGUGGUCACCAUCGAGCUGCCGUUGUUGCGCUCGGCCGAGCAGGCGGCGCUGGAGGUGACGGGAAAGCUGCUGAACCUCGACUCGAGGAAACCCGACUACCGGCUGCAGCUCUCGCUUCCAUACCCGGUGGACGACAGCCGCGGCAAGGCGCAGUUCAACAAGGCCCGGCGGCAGCUGGUGGUCACGCUUCCCGUAGCGCUUCCCGCCGGCCGCCGGGAGCCUGCCGCGGCGCCGGAAGAGCCCGCCGACCCGUCCGGAACUGGCGGCUCGGCCUGCGCUUCCGCUAGCGAGCAGGACGCGGGCCUGGCUAGGGGUCUUGCCGGCGAGGGUAGCUCGGGUCGCCGCAGAUCCCUGUCUGCGGACGCCGGGAUUCCCACCCUGGGCGUCGCUGGGGAGGAGCUUGUCUACCAGCCAGAGGAGCGGGACGGUGGCGAGCAAGCGGUGUUGACCACCCGCCCAAUGGAGGCGCUGUCUCCCAGAGCGGGGAGCUCACCUGGGGCCUGUGCCGUAGGCUCUCCGUGUGCUUCAUCCGAGGACCCUGACGUGAGGUCGGCUGCAGGGAGAGGGAGUGCGCUCGGCGGUCUCCCUGUGGAGACCCGCGUGGCCUGGGAAGGCAGGGGCAGGGAGCCAGGUGAUCAAGCCAUGGGUGGUCCCAGAACCGAUGGCUGGGAACCUUUGUGUCCUCCGAUGCAAUGUAAUCAGGAUGAAGAAUCCCUGACUCUGCUAAUUCAAGUGCCUCAGAUCCAGCCACAAAGCCUUCAAGGGGAUGUGAGCCCCCUCGGGUACAAAUUGUGCUUCUCUACCCAAGACUUAGUUUGUUAUUCCUUCUUUUUGCAAUUUGCCUCAGAGAAUAAAUUGAGUACCAAAGAACCUGUGGUUAACAUUUCUUCAAACAAUGCAGUGAUAGAACUGGCCAAAUCUCCAGAGUGCCAUGGACAUUGGAGAGAAUGGUAUUAUGGUUUAAACAACGAUUCUUUGGAGGAAAGAUUAUUUGUCACUGAAGAAAAUGUUAAUGAGGUUCUUGAAGAGGGCCUAAGCCUUCCAUUCGAACAGACAGUGGCCCUAACCCCACCAUUAAUUGAAGUUCUUCAGGUCGCUGAUAGUGAGAUUCGGAUUCAUGCAAAGUUGCAAGAAUGCAGUAACUCUGAACACCUUCAUGAAAUGGAAGAAAAAGUCAAUGAAGGAAGUCAUAUAACUGGAAAAGAAAAUAUAGAAUAUCCUACCACCUCAACAACUGACUCUGAUUCAUCUAGAACAGUUAAAGUACUAGAAAUAGACAGCUGUGGUUCAGUUGCAUGCUUGCAACAAGAGUCUCUUGAUGUUUCUCAAAUGCUAUUUGGAAAGUCUCAGCAACUUGAGUCAAAAAUGGAACCUGAAUUUAUAAAAGAAAAAAGUCCUGUUUACUCAGAUGAGGAAAAGGAUAAUUUAAAAGAACCAGUAAUAACUGAAGAGAAACAAUUAGAUGGAGAUCAUGUAUCUUCAUUAGCAAACAAAACUACAGUUCACAGUUUAUCUGGUUUUGACAACAUAAAAGAAACCAAUAUGCAGGAUGGUAGUGUACAGAUUAUUAAAGAUCAUGUGACUCACUGUGCAUUCAGUUUUCAUAAUUCUUUGCUAUAUGACUUGGAUUAAUUCAAUAUGACUUUAGAAUUUAAAGGUUAGAAGUAAAUUUUUGAACCUUUCUGUUUAUUAUCUUAAAACUAAAGGUAUUCAAUGAAGUGUAACAUUAAAAUUUAUAAUUUUGAUUCUAAGGGGGAAACUGGAGCUUUUUUUUUUUUGCAUGUAGAGUUAUACAGGGUUUCCUUAACUGUAGAGGUAAGUUUUGUUGUUGCUCACAGAUGUACAUUUUUGCUAAUCGAGAGUUAAACAUUUAAUUUUAAUACAACCUGUAUAUAUUUACCUCUGUAUUGUUUUUGACUUUUGUUUACCAUUACUUUAAUAAAGUGUUAAACAUUCACUAAA